AGCAGCCCCUUGGCCUUGAUAAAAAUAUAUCCCUCGCUUCCUUCCCGAAACAAAUCAAACCCAGAUCAAGAAAGAAAAAAAAAAAAUGGAGUGCGUAUUUGGACUAGUAGGUGACGGUUUUGUGAUCGUAGCAUCAGACACAUCUGCCGUUAACAGCAUCCUGGUUCAUAAAACUAACGAAGACAAGAUUAUGAAACUCGACUCUCACAAGCUCGUUGCUGCUAGCGGCGAGUCAGGCGACCGAGUUCAAUUCACGGAGUAUAUACAGAAGAACGUGGCUUUGUAUCAGUUUCGUAAUGGGAUUCCUUUGACCACUGCAGCUGCUGCUAACUUUACUCGUGGAGAGCUCGCUACUGCUUUGAGAAAGAACCCUUACAUGGUAAACAUCCUGCUGGCUGGCUAUGACAAAGAGACAGGUCCCUCUCUAUACUACAUUGACUACAUCGCUACCCUUCACAAGGUUGACAGGGGAGCAUUUGGUUAUGGGUCUUAUUUUUGUCUCUCCAUGAUGGACAGACACUACCACAGUGGCAUGUCAGUGGAAGAAGCAGUUGAAUUGGUCGAUAAAUGUAUAACGGAGAUUCAAUCCAGGUUGGUUGUGGCACCGCCAAACUUUGUGAUCAAGAUUGUUGAUAGGGAUGGAGCAAGGGAGUAUGCCUGGCGUGAAUCUGUCAAGGACACCCCAACAGCCCAACCUGAGGCUUUGGGAGUUUAACUUUCAGUUAUUUUUUCCUUUUUCUUUUUGAUGUUUAAAAGGGCCGACAGUGAAUGUUUUGUGACUUUCAUCUGAUUGCGUAAAACUUGUUCCAAAUGCUAUUCCGGUACUUUAUUUAUGGGGUUGUAUGUGCUGACGAUCCAGAGUUGUAAUUUGGAGUGUCAUGGACUUCUGAAGAA